AUGUCAGUGGAACGAAGCAAUACUAGAAAGAAAUCAACGCCCACAACGACUACUACCACCACUACUAGCACAUCAGCACCAGCAGCGACCACAUCUCCUCAACUAAAUGACAGCAGCAGACAAUUAAACAUGUCAGCAUCAUCUACCUUAGUAUCUUCAUCUUCCAAUUAUCCUCUUGGUAUCUCAUUCUCAUCUAAUGUCGCUCAAAUGAACGAAAGCGAUGACAUUGCGUACAUCGAAAAGCGAACUGCUCACAAUGCAUUAGAGAGACAGAGAAGAGAGGGUCUGAACACUAAAUUUCAGGAACUGGCGCAUGUACUGCCUGCCUUGCAACAGAUUCGUCGCCCUAGUAAAAGCAUGAUUGUGGCCAAAUCACUCGAGUUUGUGUCCAGUGCAGGCGAACGAGAAAACGACUUUCAGGGCCAAAUUUAUGCAUUGCGAAAAGAAAACGAGCAGCUCAUGAGACAGGCAAGCCUUUCCAAGAAACGCAUGAAGAAGCGGUUAGAUCAAGAGAGUAGCAGCAGCGAGAGUGGCAGUAAGAAAUCAGCUUCUGUCAUGAUUAAAUUGUCGUCAAAGAAGCGCCUUAGUAAAUUGAAGCCUCAAUCAAGACAAUCAGCCGCCUCAAACGAGCAACCAUCCAACGUGCCAUCAAAGAAGAGAACCAGAUCAGAAGGCGUCGAUCAGCCAGAAUUGAGUACCAGUAGCAACAAGGUCAAAUCGCCAUCACCUCCUUGUUCUUCCUCUUCUGUCGUAGCAACCGAGGUUCUUCCCAGACAGCCACCCUCUCCCCCAAAAAUCUCCAGCAAUAAAAGAAGAAAGAGAAACGCUACUGUAGAAACUUACCAACACCAGCAUCAACAAGCCAUGCCUACUGCUGUCACCACUACUGCUGGCCCUCACUAUAGCAGCUAUCAUCAUCAAACGAUAGAUCAAAGUCUAAUUGCAAGCGUUGAUCUGCCUUCUUAUCAACAACCACAACAGCGCAUUAUGUCAUCUCAAAGACCUCGAUUCAAUAGUCAUCAGCCCGCUACUGCCGACAUGUUGCAGCAGCAGCAGCAGCAGCAGCAGCAGCAGCAGCACAGCUCUCCUGUUGUUUCUAGACACAAUAGCCUUACAUUGACUGAUCAAAUAAGCACUGCACAAUUUGACUUUGGCACCACUGUAGCAGCUACACCAAGCCAACUUAGUAUUAUUCAUUCACCCUUUGGCAAUGAGCACAUCUUUUUCAAUACAUUUGAUAAUCUUGACAACAUUGUGAGCACGAUUCCUGCCUUGACCACACCCAGCAUUGGAAACAACAGCACGCAUCAACACACGCCACCAUCUACUUCUUCUGCUUCUUCAGCAACAUCAACCAACUAUGACAACUCUCUUGAUUUUAUCCAUUCAAUUAUGCAAGGUCAAGAUCCCUCCACCAACAAUCAAUUCUAUCAAUGGCAUUGA